GAUGGCGGCGUCCAUGUCGGCGGCGUCUCCGCUGCGGCUGCUGCUGUGGCGGUGCCGGGGGCGGCUCUACCCGAGGCGGGCUCCGGCGGCUGCCCGACCCUGGGCGGCGGCGGCGGCGGGCUCCGGGCGGGCCUGGCUGCCCCCGCCGGCGGCUCCCCGGCCUCCUCCCCAGCGGCUGCUGUCCUUCCUGCGAGGCCCCUCGGACGGCGGCCUGGAAGACGGCGAGGGAGGCGAGGCAGGAGAAGGAGGAGGCGGAGGCGGAGGCGGAGGCCUCCCCGGGGACGGCGGCGGCGGGGGCGCGGAGUCGGGCGGCGGGCCGGGGACGGCGCUGGCGCCCCUCCUGGUCCCCGAGAGGGUCCCGCACGUGCCGCUCAUCGCCGUGGCCCGGAACCCCGUCUUCCCCCGAUUCAUCAAGAUCAUCGAGGUAGGACCCCCCCCCCAGGAAGGGGCAGCAAGCUUCUCGGUUUUGUUUUUUUACUUUUAA